AUGGCCACCUCGGUUUACAACGACGGGCCGGCCGAGGCCGUACAACCCUCCAAGACGGACACUCUCAACAAUCAAGAUGAGGCAAGCGCCUUGACCAAGACGAAGCCGCGCUUCUUCCGCAGCACCCUGUUCCAGAUCCUCGUCGUCGGGCUCUGCGCCUUUUGCGCCCCGGGCAUAUGGAGCGCCAUGAACGGGCUCGGCGUCGGCGGCAGCCAGUCGCCGGACCUGAUCAACGCCGCCAACGCGCUCCUCUACGCGCUGAUGACGCUGACGUGCUUCGCCGGGCCCUGGGUCACCAACGCCAUCGGCUUCCGGUACACGCUGAGCCUCGGCGCCGUCGGCUACCCGCUCUACGCGGCCGGCCUCUACCUCAACAACCGCACCGGCGCCACCUGGCUGGUGUACCUGGGCUGCGUGACCUGCGGCCUCAGCGCGGGCAUCUUCUGGAGCGUCGAGGGCGCCAUCGCGACGGGCUACCCGGAGCAGCACAAACGUGGCAGGUACAUCGCAACCUGGUUCACCUUUCGGAAUUUUGGCAACAUCAUCGGGGGUGCCAUCGCGCUCAGCAUCAACCACGCGGUCAACAGGCGCGGCAAGGUCGGGUACGAGACGUACCAGGCCUUCAUCGCCAUCCAGUGCCUCGGGCUGUUCCUCGGCCUGCUGCUGUCCAACCCGGACAAGGUGCAGCGCGACGACGGCACCUGGGUCCAGACGCCGUCAUCCGCCACCGCCCCCAUCCCCUGGCGAACGGAGCUGCGCGCCAUGUGGCGGCACCUCUCGAGCCGGUCGAUGCUGCUCCUCGUGCCGCUCUUCUGGUACUUUGGCUGGAUCCAGGCCUAUCCGGGCACCUACCUGGCCACCUACUUCACCGUGCGCUCGCGCGCCCUCGGCAGCUUCCUGUCCGCCGUCGUCGGCACGCUGUCCACCUGGCUUGCCGGCUCGCUGGUCGACGUGCCCUGGACGCAGAGCCGCCGGACGCGCGCGCUGACCACAUGGGCGCUGAUCGCACUACUCAACAGCGCAACGUGGAUCUGGGCGGUGGUCAUCCAGGACGAGUACCGGCGCACGCGGCCGGUGCUCGACUGGGCGCAGCAGGCGGCGUUUGGGCGCGGCUUCGGGCUGUACCUGUUUGAGCGGAUCAGCCUGGCGCUCGUGGAGAAUUACAUCUACUGGUGCAUCGGCAACCUGUCGGACUCGCCGGGGGAGCAGAUCCGGUACAGCUCGCUGCUGCGCGGCAUCGAGACGGCGGGCGUGGCCGUGGGGUUCGGCGUGCAGGCGGUGCCGACGGCGCUGAUCGCAACGGCGAGCAUCAACCUGGGGCUGUGGUUUUUUGCUCUCCCGUUCAGCCUGUGGGCGACGCUGCAGGUGGUGCGCAAGUGGGAGAAGGAAAACCAGGCGGAGGAGGUAGAGCAAGAGACCGCAGAGACAAUUACAUCCAAGGCGUAG